CGUGGCCGCGCCGCGCCGCGCCGCGGCCGUGGUUUGCUGGCUUCGCGGCCAAGAGUCCGGCGCGCAAUGUGGGUCGGAGAGAUAAAUCUACUCCGCAAUUUACACGCCCCGUUUCUUGUCCACCUAUAUCUUGGGGGUUAGGCGGUUGGUUGGUUCUUGGUACUACUCUUUUCUCCUCCCACCUCACUUCUCAUCUUGAUCUUGCGAUCUCGGCGAGGGGGUUCGUUUUCCAGCAGAGUUGAGAGGGAAGAGACCGAUCGAUCAGGAAGGAAGGAGGGAGGGGCCAUGGGGUUGUGGUGCUCCAAGGAGAACCAGUCCAGGGGGUGGCAGCCGCACGACUACAACCACAACCACAAUCACAAUCACAGCAACGGUGCCGCGGCUGCGAGUAAAGGGGGCAAGAACCGGUACGCCAAGAUCGGCGACGAUUACCACACCCUGGAGCAGGUUACUGAUGCCCUUGCACAUGCUGGUCUAGAGUCUUCAAAUCUGAUUGUUGGGAUUGAUUUCACAAAGAGCAAUGAGUGGACAGGCAGAGUGUCCUACAACAACCGGAGCUUGCACGCAAUGGGAAACACUCCAAACCCAUAUGAGCAGGCUAUUUCUAUCAUAGGGAGAACCCUUGCACGCUUUGAUGAGGAUAACCUGAUACCAUGCUUUGGAUUUGGAGAUACGACUACUCAUGAUCAGUCAGUAUUUAGCUUCCAUCAUGAUAACCAACCGUGUGAUGGCUUCGAGCAAGCACUUGCUCGGUACAGGGAACUCGUUCCACAACUUAAUCUGGCUGGUCCAACUUCAUUUGCACCAAUCAUUGAGACGUCUAUUGGAAUUGUUGAUAGUAGUGGUGGCCAGUAUCAUGUCCUGCUCAUAAUAGCAGAUGGACAGGUUACACGCAGCGUUGAAACAGGCAGUGGGCGGUUGAGCCCACAGGAAAGGGAGACCGUAGAUGCCAUUGUGAAGGCUAGUGACUACCCUCUUUCAAUUGUACUUGUUGGGGUUGGUGAUGGGCCAUGGGACAUGAUGAGGCAAUUCGAUGAUAACAUACCUUCUCGGGCAUUUGACAAUUUUCAGUUUGUGAACUUCACACAGAUCAUGUCAAGACCUAUACCCACAAGCAAAAAGGAGGCAGAAUUUGCUCUUUCAGCAUUGAUGGAGAUCCCAGAACAGUUCAAGGCAGCAAUGAGUCUUCAGCUUCUUGGCAAACGAAGGGGAUUUCCAAACCGACCAGUGUUGCCUCCGCCUGUGAGCGAUCGCCAACAAUACUCUGGAUGUUCAGCAGUCAAACAUGCCCAAUCUACUAGCUACGGAGCAGCACCGAAAACCCCACCGGCGCCUCAAACCCCAUCAGCGCCUCCACAGGACAGCGAUAUAGGAGAUCCACAGACCUGUCCAAUCUGCUGGAACCAAGCGAAGGACCUUGCUUUUGGUUGCGGCCAUCAGACGUGCUCUGACUGCGCUAAGGACCUGAAGGUGUGCCCGAUGUGCCAAAAGGCGAUCUCCGUGAGGCUGAAACUCUACUGAAGCCCUCGAGAAGCUCAUCAUAUGCAAUCAGCCAAUCACCAGUUUGAUAUGAUUAGAUACUAGGAGGUUUUACAACCAACUUGGUAGCAGUGAAAGCUGUAAAUAUAUACCGGGGUCCCUAUAGUAUGGACGAUGGUUAAACUUAUAUUACCUGUGCCUGGUUAUAGCAGCAUAAAUACAUUUGUCCGCUUUACCCCGGAGCAAAUUUAGGCUCAAUUUACUCCCCCGAACUAUUUUAGUUGGUCCAA